AUGAGUUAUAACUUCAAUUGUGCUAAUUGUCAACAACAGAUUUGGGGCUCGACUAUUGUCAAUGCCAGGGGUGACAAGUUCCAUCCAAACUGCUUCACUUGUUCAAAUUGCAAUGGACAGUUGGUCAAUGGAUAUAUUGAGGACAAGCAACAACCUGGCAACUACCUCUGUGUACCAUGUCAAGUGUUGGUCAAUGAUCAAAACAAGAGAGUUCGUCAAGAGAAUGGAUUCUGCAGUAAAUGCUACAAUAGAUUCAAUGGAACUGAGGAUGUAAUUGCCAUUGACAAGGAGAGAUAUCAUACUAAUUGCUUCAAGUGUUCAUCAUGUAAACGUGCAAUUGUUGGAGAUAUUUACAGCAGGGAGGUGAUAUCAUCAACAUUGUCCAGCUUUUGUUGCAUCGAUUGUCUUGAAACUGGACGUGUUGAUCGAUGUGGAGAAUGCAGACAAGGUAUCCUUGGUGCUUCAAGUGUAUACGCAGCUGGUCAAUCAUAUCACACAAAGUGUUUCAACUGUACCAAGUGCAGGAACAACAUUGGACUGAAGGAGUAUACAACAGAGAAUAAGAGUCCAUUAUGUACAACAUGUAAUCCACUACUCACUGUCUAA